AUGCUUUUAUCUAACUGUCCGAUUCUUGAGCUUUUACAUAUCAUUAAGGAUUCGUCUGAUGAUAUCGAGACAUUGAAUGUCAACUCAUCUUCCCUUAAAAAAUUUCAGUACUUUGAUCUUGACAGAGAAUCUAAGGUUGUUAUUAAUGCUCCAAACCUUGACAAUCUUAGCAUCAGUGUUUAUAAAAAGCUUAACAUUGAAGUUAAAACUCCUAGUUCAAUUGUUAAAGCAUGGUCAUAUUUGACUCGAUUGACUCGGUUAAUAGUCUACAAUUGUGGUGAUGAAUGGUCAUAUUUGCCUGUUAUGCUCUGCAUAGCUCCAAAUCUGAAGUUUAUCAGUUUUUUGAAUAAACCAUAUUGCACCUUCGCCCAUAUGAGUUCUGCAGUGGAGAUGAAGCCCGAACAAAAUGUGGCGCUGUGUUUGAAGUCAUCACUUGAGAGUGUGGAAUUUAGAGGCUUAAGAGAUGUUUCAGGAGAUCUGGAAGUAAUAGCGUAUUUCCUCAAAUAUGCUAAGCUCUUGAAUAAUGUUGCUAUAACUUGCUGUGAUGUACUCGUCUCUCUGAUCCGUCUAAACCCGUAAAUUAGUUGGUGACCGAGGAUUGUGCAAGGAGGCAAGUUGGUCUAUCGGUGAGAAUUCUUCCCAACUUUGUGAUUUUUUCCCUUCAGAAUUAUAUGUUUCUUUUGAUAUGAAAUAUAGAAGAAAAACUAGUACUUCUUUACUUACUUUAUCAUUUACUGUAUAUGUGAUUCUCUGAGCAAUCAGUAGUUAUUAGAGUAAAUAGGGGUGAGUAAAAUGUCUAACCAACUGAAUUAACCAACUAAACUGAUGACUUUCGGUCUGUUCGGUUUUAGGAAUUUAAUAGUUUUGUCUUAGGUUAUUGUUUGAGAUUUGGAAUGUCCGAAUUAACCGCACCGACCAAAUAUUUGUUAUUUGUUAAACUU